UGGCAACCGCAGUACACAGGGGAGAGAGGGCCGUGCGCGCCGGUCCGCGCGGCCCCUCAGCGUCCGCAGCCGCGCUCGGAGCUGGGCAGAGCCAUGAACCUGGGUGAUGGACUGAAGCUUGAAACUGAAGUGCUGGAUGGAAAGCCUAGGCUAAUUUUAGCUGCUUCUGAAGGAAGUUGUUCUUAACCACUUCUUUCAUGUUUGUUUCCCAAAAGAUAAAUCAAAGCCUGCAGUGAAGAUGGGUAACAAAGCCAGAGCAUCUAAACAGACAUUGAGAAUGAGGCACACUGCACAUGUACUGAGGUCAACACAAAAUGCUUGUAUCAAGCAGGAAAACUUAACAAAACCAAGGAGUGAAUCAAGCUUAUCAAUGACAAAAGGUGAAAAACUGCAAGUUACUACACACUGCUCACAUGAAGCCACAUCUAAAGAUCACUCUUUGAUUUUCCAAAGAGGUAGCACAAACAGAUAUCCUGAUUCAGAGAAUCGUAAUGUUCUUAAAAAAAGCAAACAGAAACCUCAAAACCCGUGUGUAUCAACUGAAGACCUAAGAAGUUUGGUGUGUUUAACACAAGAACAGCUUCAGCAGAUUUUGAUGACUGUAAAAGAAGGAACUGGAAGCAUCUCUGAGACUAAUAAUGAGAAGCAAGAGGAAAUGGCUACUAAUGAGGCAUCAGAGGAAAACAUUGUAACAUUGCUCCAAAAAGCUUGUGAGGUUUCAUCUGUUCCAGAUGAAGCCAACUCUGAUUCAAGCAGGAAACAAGAAGCAGAUCCACAACCAGGACAGAAAGUUAUAAAGGAUUCAUGGAAACCUUCUGACAUGUUUACUACCUUGGGUGAAAGAGAAAGGGAGAAAGCCUUGUUAGAAUUUAGGAAGAACCAGUGGAAGAAGGAAUUAGAUGAACAGGUAGCGCUGAAGAAGAAACUGAAAGAAGGCUUGGAAGAAGUGGGUAAUUUCUGGGCAAAACCUGGCAAUAAUAAAAUGCAUAGAGAGAAAGUGGAACCAGCUGACCCAGAUAAGGAAGCUGUGCCACAGGAACGACCUUUUAGUGCUUUGAAGCAUGAGCAACAGAAGAAGUGGCUUGAAGAGUUGGACAAACAGAAGGAAGAAGCUAAGCUACGAAAAAUAGAAGAAAAACUUGAUUUAUCAAAGGCUGAAGAGCAUGACAGAUGGGCAAUGCAUUUUGAUUCUUUAAAGAACCACCUUAAUGCUAAUGCACAACACCCCUUAAAUGGAAUGUACAAAAAGCAGCCUGAAAGUCUUUGCCUGUCACCUGACCCUAAGGAGCUGACUGCUGUUAUUCACCCUUUUUCACCUGCAGCUUCAGACAAUCUCAUGCCUGUAAAAGCAGGAAAUGCAGAAAAGGCUGCUAAAAGCAGUGCCUUGGAACACGGUCAGAAAGCCAGUUUCCUCCGUUCAAUGACAGCUCUCCUGGACCCUGCACAGAUUGAAGAGAGAGACAGGCGGCGGCAGAAGCAGUUAGAACAUCAGAAAGCAAUAAUGGCUCAGCUAGAAGAAAACCGAAAGAAGAAACAACUGGAGGAAGAGCAGAGAAAAUGGGAAGAACAAGAGGAAGAACAGCGCUUAGCACGAGAAAAAGAACAAAUGCAGAAACAGUUUGAAGAAGAUAUGCUGAAACAAAAACAAAAGGAGGAACUUGUGACUCUUAAAACAAAUGAGCUCUAUCAGACAAUGCAGAAAGCUCAAGAAUUAGCACAGAGAUUAAAACAAGAGCAGCGCAUUCAAGACUUGGCUCAGAAGGGACAUGACAUUUCAAAACUUCAGAAGAAUCUUAGUGCUGGUGGUACAGAAUAUGAAAAUUGUAAUACGGGCAUUUCACAUCAAAGUAAUAAUUUUUCUGAUGACAUUAAGAGUCACAUUGAUCAGCAGGCUUCUCCUCGGAAGGACACUGCUGUGCAGACAGAUUACUUCAAUACUUCAGCAUUCACUGAGUCAGCUGAGGACAGAACUGCAUGUUGUGGAUCGCCUGAUAUUUCUAUAGAAUAUAAAGAAACCUCGAACAGCAAAAAAUACCAGAAGGAAAUGCAGUGUAUAGAUAAAAAUAAAAUUUCAGGAAGAGAGACUGGUGGCAUUUACAGUGAUCUGUAUGAACAAUAUGCAAGAAAAGAAAGACAAACUAAACCUUCAGAAAAACACAACAGAAGACCUGACUGGAACAUAAACAAGCCUGGGAAAAGAUACAUUCCAGCAUCAGAAAGAUACCCUAAACAGCUACAAAAACAAAGGCAAGAAAGCAAAGUAAGACGACAAAUGGAGCUGCUUCAGUUGGUGGAAAGAAACAACCCAUGGAAUCUCUGCCCAAAAAGGGGUUGUUAUUCAGACAGGUCUCCUUCACCUCACGGAGAAAUAAAUACAAACACUAAGGGACACAGACGCAGAAAGGAAGAACAAUUACAUAAGAAUCAUGUGAAUGAAGAAAGGUCUGAAUCACCACCUGCUCCAGGAGUUAAGAACAGAUUACACCAAGUGCAACAAAACCAGGCACAGGUUUCUAAUUUCUUGGCGCAUAACAACAGUAGUAGAAAAGAGAAAAAUACCAAGCCAGAUCCCCAGCAGAGGAGCUCCCCUCCUCCCAUUACAGAAGCUGGAAGACCUCCCUCUUCACAGUUUAUUCCGUAUGUUCGAACAAAUGAAGUAUAUUAUCUUGAUCCAGAUGCACCAGUGACUAGACCUUCAACACAUGACCCACAGUAUCGACAGUUCAAUGAUUCUUGCCAAACGCCACGGCAGAUUUUUAGCUCUGAUCAUGUUAGAGAUCCUCUCCUAAAUCCUGAUGCAGUUAGAAAGAGACAACAAGCAAUUCUCAAAGGAUUGUCGGAAUUACGCCAGGGCCUCCUGCAGAAGCAGAAGGAGUUGGAGACUGCUCUGAUGCCCACUAUGGCUCCGGAAGAGAACUUUAUUUCACCAUUUUGACAGAUCUCUGCGUAGCCUGAGUUCAUGGUAGUGGUUCUGUGACCUAAUGUGGCAAAUGCCACAGACUCUCCAGCCUGAGGCUCCUCCCUGCAGCGGCUGUUGGUAGCCACAGCCUGAACCUGAAGGCACCUCACAGCAGUGAAGGGAAGAGAGGCUCUCAGGGCUGUGCCCCAUCAUGCAGGUGGUGGGACUCUGCGCUGGACGCUGCAGGUGGACAGCAGUGCUUCACAAGAGCUGCUGAGAUCUAGUGAUACAGGGGAGGUUUUUCUUUGAAAAGGGAUUAUGUAUUUGCUAUGGCUGGUGGGAGGGUGACAACUGCUACACCAGCCUAGGGGUGGCUUGUUCUUGAUUUAAACAAAUAAAUCAAACAAACAACUGCUCAUAGAAGUAAAGAUAUUUAAGGACAAGUCUAUGGGGUUUGUUUUUUAAAAGCUACCCUUUUUUAACCAAUACUAUUUGUCCUAACUAAUGAGUUCAGAGUCAUGUAGUUUCUAUCACUGUCAUCUGGUAUUAAUCCAUACAUCCUUAUAAACGCACUAAAAUAAAUUACAAACAGGAAAAAAACCCAACCAAACCAACCUGGGACUCUGCACAACUUGAAGGCAAGAGCAGUGACUGUAGGAGCAGAGGAUGAGUACACACAAAGCCAGCAGUGUGAGAACAAGGGCCCACUUGAGACUCCACAUUUACAGCCAGCAGCUGCCGUUUUCCAGAAGCCGACUCGGAAGAUGAGGUAUGAAACAAGACAACUGAGAAACACUGGGAAAAAUAUGUUGUAACACAGCAGAUAUGAAAUUAAAAAGAGUAAGAAACUGAUAAAAACUCUGUACUUACACCACAGUGCCAGUUUAAAGAACACAAAAACUGAGGAAGGUCCCAGUAAUCAUUAUGCUGAAGGGGGAGAGGAUGGAGGUUUCUCAAAUACAAACUGAACUAUCACAGUCAUUAAACCACAUCUGUCCUUCUCUCGGUACAGAAAUUACAGUGGUGAGAUCACUCCGAUGGUGCUGCAGUAAGCACAGAGCAGCCAAGGGAGACAUGAGGACAAUCGCUAUUCCUGAAAUAAAGUUUAGGUGUCUUUCUCACAGGCUUUGAAAUGAAUAUAAAGACCACAAACAACGCAAUGUGUUAGCAAGUCCCUUGUGCAUUAAGAGUUUAUUUUAUUUUGUAAUGGAACUGCACCAUUGGUUACUCUGAUUGAGGUAUUUAGCCAAGAUCCAGCCUCUAAUCAUUAAACUAACUACACUGACUUACAGUCAUGUAAAAACAUUCGUACAAAAUUUGUGUCAAAUAAAUACAUAAGUUUUGAUAUUUA